AUGAAUUCGUAUGUACAUAAUCCUCACCAACCACAAUUUAUCUUUACUCCUCCGAAACCUAUCCCGCUUAAGCCCGUUCCUACAGCUGUAAUUCCAAAAUUAAUAUUAACGCCUUCACAGGUACCGCCACUUCCACCUCCGUAUAUGGUAGUAUCACAGUCACAAGAUAAAUUUGCGCAAACAGAUAUGAUAAUAAAGCCAAAUCAGAUCGGACUCAUUCCGCAUGAUUUCUGGUCCCAUUAUAAGAAAAUAUCAUUCGAGAAUAUGAUACAUACAUACUUUCAUAGACGAAAUUCUUCACACGCUAGAUUUGUUUAUAAACUUUACAAUGCGUUACUAAUAACAGCAGCAUACCCAUCCCUCUUGCCUAUGAUAGGAGUAUCAUGGGAAACAAAUAAUAUUAUUAAAGUCCGAAAGACUCCGUUCGCCAGUCUGAUAGGGACAAGAAUAGCCGAUAAUAGUUUAUUUCAUAAGCAAGGCAACUUCCCGACUCACGGAUUUGCUGAAUUAACGUCUGAGGAGGCUGUUGUCCAUAACAUCAAUAUAAGUUAUAUAGAUUUUGAUGAGAUACGUCUCGUUUACCAUCUGAAUGGUAAGUUCACUAAGAAUUGUGGUGAAAAGGUCUUGAAAUCAUGCAUUUGGAAACGAAACGGACAAGAUUUGUAA